AUGGAUUUCGACGCUUUGCGCGCCCAGACCCUGCGGUCUGGUGCGGACGAGGAGGCUGUCACCGUCAACACUCGCGCACUGAUAGACAAGGUUUUGGCAAGAUAUUCUGGAGAGUGGACAGUCCUCAGAGAGCUUUUGCAGAAUGCUGCCGAUGCCUCAGCCACCAAGAUCAUCAUCAAGUUCGAAACUCUGCCCUCCUCAACCGUCCCUCUUCCCACCGAUUCCUCACCUUCCAGCUUGUUGAAGCAUACUGUGCAGAAUCAUACUUUGAAGAGACUGGUGGUUACAAACAACGGAGUACCAUUCAGCGAGAAUGACUGGAACCGUCUGAAGAGAAUUGCGGAGGGAAAUCCGGACGAAACCAAAAUCGGAGCGUUUGGUGUGGGCUUCUACUCUACAUUCGCAGAUUGCGAGAACCCGUUCGUCUCAUCUGGCAAAGAGGCGAUGGCAUUCUUCUGGAAGAACAACUCGCUGUUCACAAGACGACUACAGUUGCCAGACUCGGAGAACAGUGGCAACACAAACUUCGUCCUUGACUAUCGAGACACUACAUCUCCUGUACCUCCACUAUUACCGCUUGCCCAGUUCCUGGCGAACAGCUUGACCUUUGUGGGUUUAGAAAACAUCGAGCUUUGGUUAGAUGACUGGAAUGUACUGUCCCUGACAAAGAAGACGUCACCGAGCUACGACGUUGCAUUACCUCGAGACAUCGAGCCUAAGACGAGGGAGGGCUUCAUGAAGGUGGCCAAGGUCGGUAAAGAGAUAGCCCAGAUCGACGGACAAUGGAUGGGCAUUAUCGGUUGGAAAGCAGCCAAAGACUCGACCCGUAUAGCAGAUCGAGAUUCGGCACCAUCUUUUCGAAAAUUCUUCUCCCGGUUAGCUGGUUCUAUUACGGAAGAACAACAGCCUGAGUCUCGCCCGGAAACGCCCAGUCAUGCUGAGGUAUUAGCUUCGAGGGUAUCGGCUACAGUAUUCUUAAACGUCAAUACCGCAACUAUAAAGACGUUUACUGGUCAAAAGUUCAAUGAGGAACUGGAACGUGCUACAAAGAAGCCACCACCGAAAUUCACAAAACUUGCCAUUUUGACAGCACCGUACAUCCCAGAUGAUAGCCUUACCAAAGCAUCAGCAUCUGGGGAUGUUUUUGGCACCGUGUUACCAAGCAGAGGAGGCAAGAUCUUCAUCGGCUUCCCCACCCAUCAGACAACUGGCUUAAGUGCUCACAUUUCGGCGCCUUCAGUAAUCCCGACAGUUGAGCGAGAGUCCAUCGACUUGAACGCGAGAUACGUGAGAACUUGGAAUAUGGAAAUGCUUCGGGCGGCUGGUAUCGUGUGCAGAAUUGCCUGGAGCUGUGAGAUGCAGGAGAUCAAGGAAAAGACAAUGCGAGAGGCAAAUGGUAGAUCCAAGAUCCGUUUAGAAGAAGUGAAUCCCUUUUUGGACGAGGCGAUUACGAUCUUCAAAAAUUUCACCUUCCGAGAAUCGACACCCUCAGGACAGAUUGGUCAGCUGCUGGAAGACGCCUUUUGGACUUGCAGUAAGCAAGCGUCGAUCGAAGUUGUUUCAACUUGCGGCGUUCUGCCUACUCAUGAUGUCCGUGUUGCUCCCAAGGACAUGAGUUUCAUGGAAGGCAUUCCGAUAUUACCUGAGAAACUGGCUACGGAAGCGAAGGUUCUUGUCAACAAGCUUAUUGACUUUGGCCUGAUCACCGAAGUUACUGUCUCUGACAUCAAAACAGCCCUUGAAUCCAGCCCACUAACUACUGCGCAAGUAUCAGAAUUCCUUUCAUGGCUCACGAAACAAGCCUCGCGAGGACAGCUGGACAUGAACACCACCAAAAGCCUCUUAUCCGUCGCUGUGGCCAACCACGAAGAAGAUGGUGAAGGUUGUAUUCCCUUCCUUCAGCUCGGAGAGAUCAAGCAUUUCCUCAACGCAAGCAGAACACCUGUUCAUCUCCCAGUCCCACCUACCGUGAUGCCUUACAAGUUUACCAGAAGCAUGAGCAAAAACGAAUUGGAAAGCCUUGGAUGGGAAGAGUUGCAACUUGUCCCUUGGAUGAGAUGGCUUGUAGCUCAAUCAGGAAAUCGACAAAUAUUGACUGCGGCCCAAGACAUCACAACGUCAGCAGAUUUCAGCUCUCAAGUACUGCCUCUCUUGUCCAAACAGUGGGAUUCGUUGAGUCAAUCCUCCAAGACGUCUCUUGUAGAGCUGCUGGCUAAACAAACAGUCAUGCCCACAAGAUUCGGCAUGAAAAAGCCUGGGGACUCUUACUUUCCACAAGUGAAAUUGUUUGAUGAUCUUCCAACUAUCCAAGGACUGGGCAAUGUCAAGGACAAGUUUUUGGUGGCGUUGGGUGUCAGAAAGACUGUAGAACUCGGUGUUGUUUUCGAACGACUCCUUUCAAUGGACCCUAGAUCAGCAAAGAGCGAGAACACUAAACAACCACAAUGGAGCCAUAUUGACCUUAUUGGCUACCUUGCCUCUGUGAGGGAUGAUAUUCCGAAGGCGGACAUCCAGCGGCUUCGAACCACUCCGAUUUGUCCUAAGCAAACUAAAAGCAAUGACGAAGAAGAUUCCUCCAAGCGGUAUAGAGUGUCUGAGCUAUUUGAGCCGCGUGCUGAGCUUCGAGAGCUGGGUCUUCCCGUUCUGGCGUGGCAAGGUGCGUACCGGAGCAAUAGUACGGAAGGCAGGUUUUUAAGCUCUUUGGGACUUCGUACUACGCCAUCUGUCGAAGAACUGGUUGCAAUCAUGGCGACUGCAGGGAAAAAAGAUGCGCCGAAUUUGGACCUGCGAGACAGGGCUUUGGUAUAUUUCCUCUCACACCACCAUGCUCACGGAUAUGGUACAUACAACUAUUCGAGCAUAAAGUUGCCGUUUCUGCCGUUGGAAAACAAACCUGACGAACUUGCAACUCCCUCACAAUGUUUCGCAGAUCCAGGUGCGGCUCUCCUAGGGUUCGACAUCUUGAAGCGAGACUGGAUACCACAUGCUGCAGAGUUCGGCAUUAGGCCCAACCCUCCAAUGGACGGCUGCAUCAAUGUACUAGCGAAGCGACCUCCGACAACGUAUGACGAGGCUCACACUAUCUUCAUAUAUUUCGCCGGACGGCUGGGCGAACUCGAUGCGAACCAUAUUGCACGGCUUCACGAUUUACAAUUUGUUCCAGUAUUCGCCAAGAAUAGAGAAAAGUCUGCACCGAGAACGCAUGCCUCGCCGCGAAAUGUUUUCUUGGGUGAGAGUGAUGUCUUCGCCGAAAUCUUCAAUUACGUUGAUUUUGGCACCGAAGCGAAUUCGUUUCUCAUGCGAUGCCAUUCCAAACUAGAACCCACAAAGAUCGAGAUCGCUCAGAUCCUAGUUAAGGAACCUGCACGUAUCUCGGCUACAUUCCGCAACGUCGAGAAAUACAUGGCAUUGCUACGCAGUAUGGCUGACAGCAGCAAAGAUCUCAAAAAGAACAGAGACCUUUGGGCGGAGAUGAAACGGGCACCAUUCUUGCUUGCAAGCAAGGAACUCCCCGUUGCGCAGCCCAGUGGAAACAAACCUAGCAUUGGUGAAGAUGAUGUCGACGUUCUUGACGAGGAAGAAGCACAAGGAAUCCGUGAGUUCCAGCUGUGUAGCGCUCAAGAUGCUAUCAUCAUUGACGAUUACCUCAACUUUAAUCUUUUCAAGAACAAUAUAUUGGCAGCGCCACAGGAGGAAAACCUCGAAGAUUUCUACUAUAUGUUAGGUUCUCCCUUGUUGAGCUCUCUGGUCGAAGAAGCUGCUCGCCAUGGUCCUCGAGCCCAUGACCAGAAGCCUGCAGAGAAAUUACAGAAGUUGAUCCUGGAAAGAUCGACGUUGUUCCUACAUGAGCAGCCACGUGAUACUAUCAAGCACGAUGCAAGAUGGCUGGAGAAGAAUCUGUCCGUCCAACUAGUCUCUUCGAUUUCGCUGAGAAGAUCUCUCAAGGGGCGUAACACCAGCCACACUGAGAAGCGCACGGCUGUUAUUACCCUUGAUGACCGAAAGUACAUACUCUGGAUCACAGGAGCCAAACCAGAUCUGUACCAAGUGAGCCAAGCCCUAGUACAUAUUUUGCUCAACAGGCCGAAGCUUCAUUUGGCGAUUACGUUGGAGAUGCUGCUGAAGACGGAACUUUUGGACCUGCGUGCUCGAGGAUUCAAUGUCUCCAGGAUCUUGAGGCAAAAGGCAGCUGAACAACGUCUCGCUGAGAGCAAGCGACAGCAAGAACUCGAGGAACAGCAAAAACGUAUUGAGGAGGAGCAAACGGCGUGGCAAGCGUCGCAAGCACAAGCUGCCCAGGAGAAGUCGCAGCGAAACCAGCUGCCGGGUGGCUUCCCUGACUCGCCAGAAUCCAGAAGUCUCACCCACAACCCAGAAGUUGCGACACCUUCGGUCUCGAUGGACGACAGUCAGAGGAGACACGGUCGUAACCUCUUCUCCAAUCUGUCCCGUCAGUUAGGCCUGAGCAAUAACCGCCAUAUCCAAUCCAUGCUUGGUCAGGACGCCAGUAACAACCCUCAGGCGGUCGCUGGCAGUGGUGGCGAUCAUGAGCCACCCCCACCGUACCAGUUUGAUCAGAGAGGUGGUAAGGCCGGCCCUGAGCAAUCCAUUACGGCACCGCAUCAACUCCGUGAGAAUCUACUCAAUGCAAUCAAAAAAUCACGUUCACAUAAUUCUACGGACAUCUUCAGCCCUGGUGAGACCAACGUUCUCACCGAAAAGAAAUCGUACUGCGACGAACGUCCUGCUCACGAUCUCACUUUUGUGGCCGACAUCAAGCAUGGUAUCCAGAUGUACCUAUCUCCUUCAAGCGUGGAUAAUUCGUCGGCCUUUCUUCAACGAAGUUCGGCUGGAUUGACAGCAUUUGCAACUUUGCUCAAAGAAGUUGGGGAAGUAUUCAGUCUCAAUCCGCGGACAAUCAAUAUCUUUUUCGAAGCUUCUGGCAAGACCAUUGGUUUCAACCGCAACGGGAGUAUUUUCUGCAACUAUCGAUACUAUUACGAUUUACAUGAAAAGAAUGCCACAGCAGUAGGUGGGGAUGGGUUUGCCGAGGCGUUUGUGUAUUGGUGGGUUAUACUCUGUCACGAGUUGGCGCAUAACUUGGUUGGUGAUCACAGCUCCGAGCACAGCUAUUAUACUGAGGGUUUUGUUUCGCAAUAUUUUGGACGUGUUGUGAGCGCUAUCGCCCAACAUCAGGCACAAGCAGCGAGCGCUGGCCCGACCUCUGCCCCCUUGGUUGAAAUAUGAAGUGCUUGUUGACGAGGUGUCAUCGGUCAUUGACCCGAUGGAGGCAUUGUUAUGAAGAUAGACAGAACAUGUGCAUAGCGUCGGCGUUUGGGUUGAGAAGAUUGUAGAG